AUGAGCACAACAGUUGACCAACUUCAGCUUUGCUCCCAUGUGACAAUGUUGGUACGCCACGUGCCUUGUAGAACGCCACCCCGAGUGCAGGUGCCCAUUCGAUCCAUUUGCCUGGUCCAAUCUUCCGUGCCCCCGUCAUCAUCCUCGUGGUCAUCCUCCCUGCUCCCUGCCUUUCGCAGUGGUAUUGCCGGAGCCGUGGCUGGUGGCACAGCGGCCUCUGGUGCCUUUCCGCGGUCUGCGAAUCGACAGCGUCGCGUCAUGGCAACAUCGACGGCAACUGCAACAUCACCGGACGUGGUCGUCUUCAGCCGCCCGGGGUGCAGCUUUUGCGCCAAGGCGAAGGCCUUGCUGUCGCGACGGCAGGUACGUUUCGGCGUGGUGGAUGUAGGUGCGGAGCCGGAGCGCUUCGCGGAGGCCACCGAACGUGGCGCGAUGUCGACCUUUCCGCAGAUUCUGGUGGGCUCAAAAUGUCUUGGAGGCUUUGAUGCUCUCAAGCUUCUGGAUGAGCAAGGCCGGCUCAUAGAGGCCACCCAGCGUGAACCCCAGGACGAAGUUUACAUCGCUCCAACGCCUCCAGAGAAGAUAGUCGCUGCGACUUUGCCCAAGGCUAUCCAGCAGCAACUCCUGCAGCGGGCCGAGGAGAUGGCCAACUUGCAGUACCAGGCAGGCAGCAAGCCAACCAUGUCAGGCUUCCUGCGAUAUGCCAUUACCCGCAGCCCGCGCCAGGACCAAUCGCAGAACGUUCCGUUGAACUUAGCAGCGGCACCGGGCUCCAGCGACCCACCUGCAGCACUUCCGAACGCCUCGGCGGAGCAGCUCGCAGCCUUGCUGCGACAGUCGAUGCUGCAACUCUUGGAUAAUUUCUCUGACCCCGAGAGUGGGGAUGUGAACUACGUCGCCAUGCGUCAAUCCGCAGAGUGGAACCUUUUCCGUGCCCUGGCCUCGGAGCUGGGUCAGUGCGGACUCCAAGUGCAAACGUGGCUGAGUUGA